AUGGCAUCAUCACAUACGCAGCAGUCCUCCAGUUCCGAAGACGAAGAUGAAAUGGACCUUGAUAACCGGCCGGAAUCAGGCCCUCUCGCAAGGCCCUCAACAACAGUGGGAAAUGAUGGCGCCUUAGCUGUUGUGGUUCGAGAUGCAAAUAACUGGCUGCAAAACAUUAGAUCUCUGCGGGAAGCGGAUGUUGUCAUCCUUCUAACGCCAGUAGUCGUUCCUAUCAGUCCUGAUCCGACGGAUCUUAGCGAUCCUUUUGAGCCGCUAGGCCGUUCAUUAGCCAGAAGGCACUCUAGAAUCCGUCAGGUACCAUACACCCGAAGAAACGGCAUUACUUCGACUCACCUUGGAUUUAUAAAAAGAGGCCAUAUUAUUAUACUCUGUUUUGCUCUUCGUCCUGGGGAGCAGGUCCCCCUUGAGUUCGCCGAUAUCACGUUUGCUGUUAGUGAUAACAAGCCUUGCAUUAUUGUGGUUUGCUGUUCACCAAUUGAUGCCGCGCAAGUCAUACCAUUCCCGACUGUGAUUCAGACGGCAGGAUAUUCCCCACCAGCCUUGGAGUCUACGGCAGCAUUGAUAUUCGGAGAGCAACCGGCUGCUCAACUCGGCCAAUCGCUUGACCAACCCAGAUUGUGGCCCGUGGACCAGUGGAAUGAAGCGAGAGACUUAUCGAGUGUUUUGGAGUUAUGGAAUCAGAAUAUCAAUGGUCGAUUUACGCUCGACCAUCAAACCCUAGCCUCCUUGCUCCGGCGCCCGGGAUAUGCAAAACACUAUGUGGUUCGGGAUAACAGAACGGGAGCGGUACUUGGUAUCUGUGCGACAUAUCUAGCAUAUGUUGACAAGGAAGGGGAAAAGCUCAUCGCAUCACUAGCGAUACUGCUCGUUCGAUCUACACACCGGCAGCUGGGCAUCGGCCUAAGCCUACACAGCCACGCAGUUAGUCAACUUAAAAGGACAAGAGGUGUUAUACGUUUACAGCUUGGAAGCACUUUUCCAAGGAUACUGUAUGGUCCUCCCUCCGACAUUCAGUUCAAUGAAGAAUGGUUUCGGCGGAGAGGAUGGCAAUUAAACAAAGAUGUACCUGGGCAGGGGCAAUCGACCUACGAUCUCCUCCUAGAUUUUGGAAAAUGGCGAUAUAACGAUCAUUCAUCUCCUACCAAGCCAGUUUUCAGGCUCUGUACACAAGAGGAUAUGGCGACAGUCCUUGAAAUGGUCGAGAAUACAUCUGCAAGGCAGGGUAGGAUGGGCUGGUUUGACCAAUACGCAUCCCUCAUGAACAUACCGAACGUCAAAGAUAUUGUUCUAGGGAUUGAAGACGACAAUAUCAUUGCGACCGCUCUCACAUACACACCUUCGUGUGGCAGUCCGAUCCCAUCUAAUUUGCCAUGGGCAGGUCGAAUUGGUGAUGAUGUUGGAGGAGUCACUUGUAUUUGUAUAUCCCAAUCACCAAGAGGCCCAGUCAUGACUGGUUUACUCAACGCUUGUAUAGAAAAUUUACGGAGUCAAGGCAUGAGGAGGAUGUUCAUUGAUGGUGUGGCAGGUGGAUUAGAUACUUUUAAACAAUUAGGAUUUGAGGAAUGGGCACGAUACAGAGACGUGUGGAAGGACACUUGA